GGUUUUUUAUGGGGAGGUGCGCGCGCAACCCGAGGCGAAGACGGAGCGAAGCAGCAGGUUGAGGAGGAGCCAGUCGCGCGCUCGGCCACCCGGGGAAAGGGAGGCUUCUCAGCUGCGCUCCUAAAUCGCCCUACCUCAGGAGCCGUUUGCCCCGGCGCUGUCCUUAAGGAGGCGCAAUUUCCAACGCGGCUGGCGGUGGGAGCCACAAAUAAGCUAAACUCAGGCGCGGGGGAAAGAAAACAGACUGGUCUGAAAAAGCGCAGACAGAAAGGGAUAAGCGCCGCUCUGUUCCCUGUCCUUGAAGGGCGACGCUGUGGAACUUUGGAGACGCUUCUUUUUCCUCCCACCCCCCUCCAAUGUGAGCACAUUUUCUACUGCAGGCUGCCCUGCUCUGGAAACCGCCCGCUCCCUUCCCUCCCACCUCGCCAAAGGCACUUUUUUCGCAGACAACUUCGGAGCGUAAGAAGAGGGAGGAGGCGCGCUCUCCUUUGAUAAGAGUGGUGGGACUUUGACUCGUCUCCAGCGAGGGGAGGAGGAAGAGGAGGAGGAGGAGGAGGAGGCAGCAGCGGCGAGGCCGCGCCGGGCCGGGCGGGGGUUCGACCAUUCUGUGCUGGAGGAACCCGGCGUACUCCCUUCCCAUGGACGGGGAGGAAGAGCGGCGGGCGAAGCGCGAGAACCGCGAGAGCAACGUCCACAGAGUGGACCCGUAUGGGUUUGAAAGGCCAGCAAACUUUGACUAUACAUCAUAUGAAGAUUUUUUUUCUAGAUACCUAGUGAUACUCACUAGGAGAGCAAUUAAAUGGGCCAAGCUUUUAAAGGGUAACCGCGGUGUACCGAAAAGCUUAAAAGUAAAACGCUAUAUCAGGAAAGGCAUUCCAAAUGAGCACCGUGCACUGGUUUGGAUGGUGGUGAGUGGUGCUCAGUCCCACAUGGAACAAAACCCUGGAUACUACCAGAAAUUACUUGAGGGAGACAAAAAUGAGAAACUCGUGGACACAAUUAAGACAGACAUGAAUAGGACAUUUCCGGAUAAUGUAAGGUUCCGCAAAACUGCUGAUCCCUGCUUACAGAAGACACUCUACAACGUAUUAGUGGCAUAUGGGCACCAUAAUCAGUCUGUGGGAUACUGCCAGGGCAUGAAUUUCAUAGCAGGCUACCUGAUUCUUAUCACAAGGAAUGAAGAGGAAUCCUUUUGGUUAUUAGAUGCUCUCAUUGGUCGAAUACUGCCUGAUUAUUAUAGUCCAGAAAUGAUGGGUCUGAAAACAGAUCAAGAAGUUCUUGGAGAGCUUGUGAAAAUGAAAGUUCCUGCCGUUGCAGAAUUAAUGGAGAAACAUGGCAUCAUGUGGACUUUGCUGGUAUCGCGUUGGUUUAUAUGUUUGUUCAUUGACAUUCUUCCAGUAGAGACUGUACUUCGAAUUUGGGACUGCUUGUUCUACGAGGGAUCAAAAAUAAUAUUUCGUGUGGCCUUAACACUAAUUAAGCACCACCAAGCUUUCAUUUUGGAAGCCACCAACUUCCCAGAUAUCUGUGAUAGAUUUAAAGAGAUCACCAAAGGACCAUUCGUAACGGAGUGUCACACUUUCAUGCAGAAAAUAUUUACAGAGCCUGGAAGUCUGAGGAUGGCUACAAUAGAGAAACUACGAGAAACUUGUAGAGCAAAUCUGAUUGCUCAGACAUAAAUGGACAAUAUUUAAAAAAGACAAAAUGCUGCAAAAAAAAUGGGCACAUUUCUUCACUUAAUUCCACUGAUACACCAUUUCUUCAGUUUCCAUUAGUGUUGAUUGACAUGACCAAUUCUCUCCAGCCUUUCAAGUAAGUGUUGAACUGGGUAAUUUGAUUAUUAUUAUUUUUGUAAAAACAAAUAAGUUAUGUGAGAAUAAAAUGUGGUCACUGUGGUGGUAACCUUUUUUUUUGGGAACAAAUGCACUGCAUACCUUCAGAAGAUUUUGUAAUAUUUAAAUACACAGAUUUAUAAAUAUCAAUAUAAAAAUGCAAAAUAAAUUCUAUUUUGAAAUCCCCUCUU